AUGAUGGUUGAAUCUGCCUCGGAGACAAUACGCUCCACUCCCUCCAGCCAGAACGGGGUCAGCAGCCUCACCAACCAGACAGACGGAGGAGGAGGCGGUGGCGGCGGUGGAGGAGGAGGAAGGGAAGGAGGCGGCGGGGAAACCAAUGGGGAAAUGAGCCCGGUGGAACUCCUGCAUUUUCAGCAGCAGCAGGCUCUCCAGGUGGCAAGACAGUUCCUUCUGCAGCAGGCCACGGGGCUGACCUCUCCUAGCAGCAAUGAGAACAAGCAACCCGCAGUCCAGGUCCCCGUGUCUGUCGCUAUGAUGUCGCCUCAGAUGAUCACGCCACAGCAGAUGCAGCAGAUCCUGUCUCCUCCCCAGCUCCAAGCUCUGCUACAGCAGCAGCAGGCGAUCAUGCUGCAACAGCUGCAGGAAUACUACAAGAAGCAACAGGAGCAGCUUCACCUGCAGCUAUUGACACAGCAGCAAGCCGGAAAGCAGCAACCCAAAGAGCAGCCAUUAGGGAAUAAACAGCUGGCGUUCCAACAGCAGCUACUGCAGAUGCAACAGCUGCAGCAGCAGCACUUGUUAAACCUUCAGCGACAAGGGCUGGUCAGCCUUCAGCCGGGACAAGGCACCGUUCCCCUGCAGACCCUUCCACAAGCUGUGUGUCCCUCGGACCUGCAGCAGCUCUGGAAAGAGGUCACCGCUACCCAGCCUGUAGAAGACAGCAUCAAGCAAGAGGGCCUCGACCUGACCACCAACACUUCAAACUCUACCUCGUUUUCGGCCGCCAAGGUCUCGCCUCCCAUUUCCCACCACUCUCUCCCCAAUGGACAGAGCGCCAUGCUCACGCCAAGGAGGGACAGCUCUUCUCAUGAAGAGAACCCCGGCUCCCACCCUCUGUACGGACACGGAGAAUGCAAGUGGCCUGGUUGCGAAACCCUCUGUGAGGACUUGGGACAGUUUGUCAAACACCUCAAUACGGAACACGCACUUGAUGACCGAAGCACGGCCCAGUGUCGAGUUCAAAUGCAAGUGGUGCAGCAGCUGGAAAUACAGCUGGCGAAAGAAAGCGAGCGUCUCCAGGCAAUGAUGGCCCACCUCCAUAUGAGACCUUCGGAGCCGAAGCCUUUCAGUCAACCUCUGAACCUGGUCUCAAGCGCCACCCUCUCCAAGAGCACUUCAGAUACCUUUCCAGAUGGCUUACCUCAUCCCCCCACCUCCGCCACCGCCCCCAUCACUCCCUUGCGGCAGGGCCCAUCCGUCAUCAGCUCCUCCACCUUACAGACCAUGGGGGCCAUUCGCAGGAGAAACCCCGAAAAAUUCUGCCCCCCAAUAUCUUCAGAGCUUGCACAGAAUCACGAGUUUUACAAAAACACAGACGUCCGGCCGCCCUUCACGUAUGCCUCACUCAUCCGGCAGGCUAUCCUGGAGACCCCAGACAGGCAGCUAACGUUGAAUGAAAUCUACAACUGGUUCACGCGGAUGUUUGCCUACUUCAGGAGGAACACCGCCACCUGGAAGAACGCCGUGCGCCACAACCUGAGCCUGCACAAGUGCUUUGUGCGAGUGGAGAACGUCAAGGGAGCCGUCUGGACGGUAGACGAAGUCGAGUACCAAAAGCGAAGGCCACCAAAGAUGACGGGGAGUCCAACUUUAGUCAAAAACAUGAUUUCGGGACUCAGUUACGGAGCACUUAACGCCAGCUACCAGGCAGCCCUGGCAGAGAGCAACUUCCCCCUCCUGAACAGCCCCACCAUGAUCAACACCAGCUCCACCAGCGGCAUGCUGCACAUCGGCCACGACGACGUGAGCAGCACCGUGGAACAAGUCAACAGCAACGGCAGCAACAGCCCCCGGCUUUCCCCGCAGCAGUACAGCCAUCAAGUCCACGUGAAGGAAGAGCCCGCCGAGGCUGAGGACGACAGCAGGCCCAUCUCUCUCAUGGCUACCACCAAUCAGAAUGUGACGAUCCCGGAGGACAGGGACCUGGAGGAGGAGCUGCCGGUGGAAGACUUGUCUUAA